CCAGGGUGGAGCAGAGGGGACACAAAGCCACGGGCUGGGCAAGUGACAGCCCACAGGACAUGAGUGAGGGGAGGCUUCCUGAGGAGACUGCCUGUUGAGAGAUGUUAGUUUGCUCUCGUUCUUGUUUCUGCUGGUUUUGCUGAGAAGCGAGGCAUCUGAAGUUUGUACAGUUCCUUAUUUUAUUGAGAAGUAAACCAGGAGAUUGAAGAUGAGGCUAAAUAUCGCCGUCUUUUUUGGGGCCCUUUUUGGAGCUUUGGGGGCUUUACUCUUUCUGGUGGCAUUUGGCUCAGAUUAUUGGCUUCUUGCCACUGAAGUUGAGAGGUGUUCAGGUGAACAGCAACCCGCAAACGUCACCUUCUACCAUGAGGGGUUCUUCUGGAGAUGCUGGUUUAGAGAGGUCAUGGAGGAAAAUGACUCCAGCACCUACAAGUUCUGGUAUACCAAUCAGCCACCGUUUAAGAAUUGCACCCACGCCUACCUGUCGCCGUACCCCUUCACGUGGGGCCAGCACAACUCAACCGCCUAUGACUCUGCAAUCAUUUACCGUGGCUUCUGGGCAGUGCUGAUGCUCCUCGGGGUGGUGGCUGUGGUGAGCGCCAGUUUCCUGAUCGUCUGUGCUGCCCCCUUCUCCAGCCAGCUCCUCUACAAAGUCGGCGGGGGCUCCUACAUUGCUGCAGGCCUCCUGUUUGUCAUGGUGGUGCUGCUGUACGUCAUCUGGGUCCAGCUGGUGGUGGACUUGGAGGGCUACCGGAGCGAGAAGCUGAAGGACUGCCUGGAGUUCACCCCGUCCGUCCUGUUUGGCUGGUCUUUCUUUGUGGCCCCAGCAGGGAUAGUUUUCUCCUUGCUGGCUGGCUUGCUCUUUGUAGUGGUUGGACGCCACAUUCACUUACAUCACUAAACGAACUGCGGCCACUGGCUUUCCUUGAAAGAUUUUUAAACACAGCCUGUGCUUCUUUUUUAUUUUGUUCUAGUGAUAUCGGCUUAUGAAUGAGUUACUAUACCUCCCUACUCAUUUUUUUGGAAUGAAGCAUUACAUUUGUGAUGUCCUCAGAUAGUAAUGUCCUAGAAUUCCUCCCGACACCAACCUGUGCCCGUCUGUUCUCAGCGCUGUCAGGGGCCAGAUUCUUCAGGGAGACGCUGACUCAGUUUCCCUUUCAUGGCACAUUUUGGAAGCCAGGCAGGUUGCGUAGGCCCAAUGAGACCGCAGCAUUGUGGGGUCACAUCAAGGUAUGGUGUAGAAUCUCAUUUUUUGGAAUUUGUUUCUGCUACUAACUUAAAAACAAAAUCUUGGAGAAAAAUUAAGAAUGAAAAACAUGCUGUCAGAGAAUUUCUUUCAGUUCUCCCCUACCCACGUACCGAUCCACACAUUAGCAAGUGAUUCACUGCCCUUGAUUCACUUUUUAAAAAUAGAAAACAAUUAUUCUUGCUAGCAGGAACUACAGACUUUUAAGUUAAAAUGACCCCCCCACAAAUAUAACUAAAACUGUGUGUUUUAUUUUUUUUUUACCAACAUUUAUUUGCUUACUUGAUUCUCUUAAUUGUGCAUGUUUACACCAACUUUAAGCUGUACUUAAAUUUGGCAGAUCUGUACACCAAAUUUUAUAUAAUUCAAAUGUAGAUUUUAUACAGUGGGUUGAUUGUGUAAUGUAAUAUGUUUGAAAAUAUGUAAAAACUAAGCAUCUCAACUCUACAUAAUUCUAUUUGAUAUUCUGAAAUUUCCACUUAAAAUUAUAUUGUGAAGAUAUUCAACAUGUGAGAAUUUAUUGAUGAAAUGUGCUUUUAAUCUUCUCCAGCUAUAAAGUUUUGAAAUACUUUCCUGUGAGGGUUAGAACAGCUUUGCUUUGUGAAAAGACCAUAAAAUAUUAAACUCUCCCCAAGAUUUUA